AUGGAACAACCCAUCGUGCCGAUCGUGGAGGGACAACCUGCCGCACGGCCUAUCCAGCGGCCUGCUGCUUCUGCGGCGACGACCAACCUCUGCCACGGUCGUCCUGGCGACCCAUGUUGCUUUUCGACGCGGGUCUCUGGACAGCGAGCUCGGUACCAGGAUGUCUCGCGGCAAUGUCCCUGGUGUAAUGCAGCACUGCUUCAGGCUGGCUUGACGAGCGAGCGCGGGCGCGGUCAGCUGAGUCGUUCCUUGCGAUUCUUCUGGGGUCAUGACAAAGCUGUCUACCACAAAGCCGUCGGCCGCUUGCCCGAGACGGUGCGUCUGCACUGGCCGCUGCAAGUCCUGGGGCUUUCAGCUGCCUUCCAUUCGGCAGCAAGCCUGCGCACGGCUGUCGCGACGUCGCAAGGCCGGGGACGCAUACUGGCAAUGCUGCGAAAGCGUCAAGCCGCGGAUCCUGACCUUGUGGCCGAAGCCUUCAAAGCAAUUCCGGCAGAGCACUUGGAAGACUUCGAGGCUAGGCUGGCGCAGGAGCCGCGCCGGGUGCGGCAGGCGCGUCGGCGAGCCGCGGCGGAGACCGUGGAGCAGCGAUGGGAGCGGCUGCUAGCUCACAGAAGACGCCUGCGAGGGCCGGCGCUGCCCGAAGCAGAGGCUGCUACGUACAGUCGGCGGGCGACGGAAGACCGUGUGCGUGUGCGCCGGAAGUUCUUUCCCGCACGGCCGAAAGAAGUGCGCCACACCGGUCGGCAGUGGUCCAACCCCUGGACGGACGAAGCGGCGGAAAGCGUUCGAGACGUUGCCGACAACGACACCGGCCUUCCUCGUGCAGCCAUUACUCCGUUUGCAACCAUGCUGGAGGACUGGUGUAAGCAAGGAGCUUGGGCUAUCUGCGAAAGAUGCUUUUCUUUGGAGCCGAGGCAUCUCAAAGAAGUGGACACGCGCCGCGUGGCCGAUCCGGCCGUGCCCAACUGUCGGUGGUGUCGCCGCGACGGCGUGGAGUCGGUGCCCACCGUUGACCGCGUACCACGGCAGCUGCGGGGUCUCUGCCAUGAUGUGGUGGCUGCCCUUCGACCCUUCGACAUCGACUGUGGGCCGUAUCAACGUCCACCUCACGGAUAUCGUGUGCACACCGCCUUGCUGCGCUUGCUUUGGUCCGACACGGAUGUGGAAGCGAAAAUUGCUGCGCUCGAGCACCGGACGUGGCGAACGAAGGCGAAGAAAGCUUUCAAGUUCUUGAUGCAACACUCGUGUUCCGAGUAUAGGAACUUUGUGACGCAGCAUCGUCGUUUCCUCCGAGACCAUCCGAUGCCGACGGACGCAGCUCGUCGCCGCCCGCUGCAGACGCUGGAAACUCCCGGCAUAGAAACCGCCCUGUGGCCAGACCUGUACUACAACUCCGACUUGUGCGAGUCUGAAGUGGAUAUACUCAAAGGCCAUGUGGACAACAUAGCACCGCAGGCGGCAGGAUCCGGCGGUCGCGGGCUGCUCAUGCGGUAUGUUGCCACUUAUAAUGUCAAGUUCAGCAGCAGCUUCCACAACGAGAUGCUGGCCGACACCGGCGUCUCGGGAUACGGGAUGGCUCUCCGCAUCCUCAGCACGCUGCAUCCGUCCGAGCCCGAAAUGUGGGUGACACUGUUCAAGCAGCUCUUUCCUGAUUUUGCACUGGGAGGCACCAUGCUGCCGAUCGUAGCACCCUGGCCGACGAUGGACGCGCAGCCGGAGUUCGUGCGCCGGUACGAGGAAUGUCUCUGGCGCAGUGACAGCAUGUCGCUCCUCGAGUAUCUUCGGAAAACCAAUGCUGCUGGAGAAGUGGUCGCUUGGAUCCAAAAGCUCCAUGCCGCUGCUGACUCGGCGCUGGACUUGGGUGAGUUCGCGA